GAUCUCAGAAGGUAAACGAGCCCUUGGUGUUUUCACUGGAAGGAGUCCUCCAAUUAUUAGAGUAGCAGUACCAGACUCUCUGUUCUUCUUGGAAUCAUAUUCUAACUUUGUGCUCUGUCCACUCGCUCAGAGAAAAAGGGAUAGUCCAAUCUGAGUCUCAGUUUGUAAGGGGCAAACCUCUUUCCCCUGUUAGGGCUUGUCAGUGUGAUGCUAAAAAUGGUCCUUUGGUUGACUUGUGAGUAAUUGAUUCUCUGACGCUGACAACACUUAGGAAAAUGAAGGUAUAAAUGAUGGCAGUGCCGCGCAGCCACCGAAGCAAACGGCGAGCUGAGGGCCGUGGAACUGGAGCAGCGCCUCAUAGCAGAGGGAGACCUGCCACAUCACAGGUGCCACCACAAGGGUGAAGGAUGCCGCUCUGGGUGUUCUUCCUCAUGGUCCUAACUCUCAGUGGUGGCUGCCACUGCUCCUCACACUCCCCGACCCUCAGGAUGCCACGGUAUGCAGAUGCCAUCUUCACCAACAGCUAUCGGAAGGUGCUGGGCCAGCUGUCUGCCCGCAAGCUGCUCCAGGACAUCAUGAGCAGGCAGCAGGCAGAGAGAAACGAGGAGCAAGGAGCAAAGGUGUUGCUUGGGCGUCAGGUGGACGGCAUGUGGGAAGACCAAAAGCAGAUGGCAUUGGAAAGCAUCCCGGCAACCCUGUCGCAGAAGCUCAGGAAUUCCCAAGGAUGAAGAGUCUGCCUGUGUUUUAUGCUGCCUGGAGCCAAAACACCAUCCAGUUCAUCCUAUUUAAUUUUUGACCUACUUUUUCUUUUAUAAAUACAAUAAA